GACGGCCCUACACCCUGAGCGUGGCCCUGCCUGGCUCCAUCCUGGACAACGCCCAGUCGCCCGAGCUCCGCACUUACCUCGCUGGCCAGAUCGCCAGGGCCUGCACAAUCUUCUGUGUGGACGAGAUCGUGGUAUUCGAUGAAGAAGGCCAGGAAGCCAAGUCUGUGGAGGGUGAAUUCAGAGGCGUUGGCAAGAAAGGGCAGGCAUGUGUGCAGCUGGCCCGCAUCCUGCAGUACCUGGAGUGUCCACAGUACCUGAGAAAGGCAUUCUUCCCCAAGCACCAGGACCUCCAGUUUGCAGGCCUCCUGAACCCCCUGGACAGCCCUCACCAUGUGCGGCAGGAUGAGGACACCGAGUUCCGCGAGGGCGUCGUGGUAGACCGGCCCACCCGGGCAGGCCACGGCUCCUUUGUUAACUGUGGCAUGAAGAAGGAGGUGAAGAUCGACAAGAACUUGGAGCCUGGACUCCGGGUGACUGUGAGACUGAACCCAACGCAGCUUCCAGAAUGCAAGACCUACCGGGGCACGGUUGUAUCAUCGCAGGAGCCUCGAACCAGAGCCGGGCUCUACUGGGGCUACACUGUCCGCCUGGCCUCCUGC